CCACCCCCCGACCCCCUGCCUUCAACAUGGAGUACGAUAAAGGCGAUCUGGUGUGGUUCGACCCCGGGCUGGGCUACGUCCUGCCCGGCGAGGUCAUGGAGUUCCAUCGGGCAGGUCAGGUCAUCACAGUUCAGGCGCUGAUUGGCGGGAAGUCACAAGUCUUCACGCUGACUAACUUGUCUUCGGUGCGGAGAAGACAAGACUUAGGACCCAACGGCGUGGACGAUAUGAUAAGCCUGUC